CUUACUACUCGUCCCUUUCAUAAAGGGAUAAAAGAAGAAUCCAUAGCGGAGAAGCUCAGAAUGACGACGAGAAAGAAGGACGAGUAUGAAAUCGAGGUGAAUUAUUUAAAUCGAGUCUGCGGCAAGUUGCUCCAAAUAUUAGGCAUUUUUAAUCAUUCGAAGGAGCCUACUUCCUUCUUCGUAAGAUUUACAAAGUUCCUUUCUAUUUCGGUUUGCUAUGCUUUGGUUUUCUUCCUUCUCGUACCUUCGAUACUUCACAUAAUACUGAUCGAACAGAACGUUCAUACGAAAUUAAAAAAAAUUCCACUACUCUCCUACAACGUGUUACUUCUCUUCAAGUACCAUUACUUAAUGAUGAAACGAGACCAUAUCGAACGAUGCAUGAAAUUAGUCGAAACAGGUAUGAUGGGAGUCGUGAAUCUUUAUCAUCGGGAUAUAAUAUUGAAAAAGACAAAGUAUGGAAAGCGUUUGUUCAUUGCCAUAUGCGUUUUCCUUCAUAUCACUGUUCUCUUCUGGCGUCUUUUAGUACCUCUUGUCAAAGGAAGGAUCGUCAUUGCUGAAAAUGUUACGAUCAGGCCAUUACCUAGCCCUAAUUAUUUUUUUAAUUUCAUCGACGAUCAGGUCAGUCCUUUCUACGAGAUUAUAUUUUUCCUUCAAUGUGCGGAAGGUUGUGUUACGAUUUAUACGAACAUCGUGAUAUGCACCCUCGCCGUCAUUUUCGUCAUGCACGCGUGCAGCCAACUCGAAAUAUUUAUCGAUCUUCUCGAGGCCAUCGUUACGUGUAAAAAAUCCACUGAAAAAACCAUUGAAGAAGAGGACAUUAAUGCGAAAUUGAUAAUUGCCGUGAAACAUCACAUAGGAGUACGAAACUUUCUUCAAAUGAUCGAAAGUACUAUGAAUCCGUUGUAUUUCAUGGAUAUAUUUGGCUGUAGCAUGACGCAAUGUAUGUUGGGUUAUUGUCUGGCAACUGAUUGGGAUCGUCAAAAUAUGAAGAAGGUUUUUCCAUACAUAAUUUCCAUCGCGUCUAUCACAGUUCAAAUCUUUGUAUUUUGUUACGUUGGACAGCUGCUCAUGUUACAGGACGAGAAGGUAGCUUUGAAAACUUGCGUACUCGAGUGGCAUCGCAUUCCGUAUAAGAAAGCGAAGAACAUCAUACCGAUAAUAAUUGUAUCGAAUCAUCGCAUGAAAAUCACUGCAGGAAGCGUAAUGGAACUUUCUCUUCAAACUUUUGGACAAAUUCAGACACGCAAGCGCAAUUUCCAAGUUGCUCGACGAAUCGGCCAUACUGGUCGAACAUUGGAGAUCGGUGCGAGAUCUCAACCUAGAGUUCUCGAACGGGUCGUACGACGUGAAAGAAGUAUGUGCUCGAAGGAGAAUUACGAGGAUGAUUUGCGUUAUGCGAUAGGGCCUAAUCGUUACGUACUUCUUUCUCUCGGAAUCCGAAUAACGUAUCAGCAAGUAGACAAGCGAGAAUCGUUCUUACUCAAAAGUUCGCGAUUACUUUUGAUCCUUCUCAAUUUCAUCAUUAUACUUUACGUUGUGAUACCUGGUUUUCUACAUAUCUUUUUAAAAGAGACGAGUACAUAUGGAAAGAUUCGAGUGAUCCAACCCAUCCUGUAUUCCUCUAUGGCCCUAGCGAAAUAUACUGUACUCGUCUUCUCUAUCGAACGAACGAAUAUUUGCUUGAAGUAUGUGAUAGAGGACUGGAAAAACGCAGUGGACACUUAUAUCCGAGAUACGAUGAAAAAAAAGGCGAUAAUAGGAAGGCGUUUUUUCAUUAUAUGUGGUUCGCUCAUGUACGGAAGUGGCAUACUCUUUAGAGGUAUCAUACCUUUAACCAGGGGGAAGAUUACGAUCAAUGAGAAUCUUACCAUCAGACCUUUACCUUGUCCUUGCUAUUUCCUCUUCUUCGAUCCACAACUUAGUCCAGCUUACGAGAUCGUUUAUUUUCUUCAAUGUCUCUCCGGUAUGGUCACAUAUUCGAUCACAACCGCUGUAUGUGGACUCGCAGCUUUCUUAAUUCUACAUAUUUGCGGACAACUCGAGAUCUUGGUGAUGUUGAUGGAGAGGAUGGUCGAAAAAACGAAUCUUCCGAGUGAGAAGGUGAACGCCAAAAUUGCUCUCGCCGUUGAACAUCAGAUAAAAGUUCGGGGCUUUUUAGGAGCGGUGGCGCAUUCCCUGCAACAAAUUUGCUUAAUCGAAAUAAUGGGAUGUACCCUGAUGGUAUGCCUGUUGUCCUAUAACAUAAUGACGGAAUGGACGAAUCAUAAUCUUGCUAUUGUUUUCAUGUACAGCAUAGCAUUAUCCUCUAUUAUAUGUAACAUAUUCAUAUUGUGUUACAUUGGCGAACAACUGACGUUACAGGCGGAAAAAGUGGCCAGGACAUCGUGCACUCUCGAUUGGUAUAAUCUUCCUUCGAAAGAACUGUCGGGUCUCGUUUUGGUGAUCGCAAUAUCUAAUCGUCCAGUGAAGAUCACCGCUGGAAACAUAGUCGAACUUUCCCUUCAAACUUUCGGUAACGUCAUCAAAACAGCCGCGACUUAUUGCAAUAUGUUACGAGCCGUUACAUCGUGAAUUUCGCUCGUGCAUUAAAUCGUAGAGAAAAAUAAGAAAAGAAAAGAAAUUAUGUAAAUG